GAGCGAGAAAAAACAGUUGCAAUGGCACGGUGACUUUGACAAUGUCUGUAAAACUCAAAUGCCUCUUGUGUUUUUGUGCCGCCGUACUCCUUGCGGUCGAGGUCACCCUCGUAAGCAUUUAUUGGCAGCGCGACAGUGGCCCGCACUCAGGAUUCAGUGGCAGUGCCAGUGCCUGGGGAAAGGACGGGCUUGGCACUGCCUGGGGAAGUGGCGGGCUUGGCGGCGCGAGGAGAGCGAGCGAGUGUCGGUCGAUGUUCGAGAUGAACAGCGACGGGAAGAGGGUUUCCCGUGACACCGACCACUACGAGGACCUCAGCGUCGCGUUGCCCUUUCACCCUCGCCAUCGUGGGGCCUCGCAGUCUCCUUCAGGAACGCCGGGGUCAAGGGCUCUUCGCGGGGAGGCCACGGAUCCCCGCACAUCCCUGACAGGAGGAAGGCUCCCCUACCUUCCGUGCCAGCUGCAGGAGUACUGGCCCGAGCUCACCCUUGACUGCAUGAGGGCAAGGCUUGACCGGGGCAGGAAGCUGUGGAUCUUGUUUGCCGGAGAUUCCAAGAUUCGCAAUAUCUUCCUGUCGUUCCUCAACCUCACGCGAGCCAUGGAAUACAACAUCUCGUUCAUGAACACUUCAGGCAGUCUUGAGGACGUCAUAAGCAAAUUGGAUAACUUCAUGUGGGAAAAUUUUGACGCUGUGUCGAAGGUCAACCCAAGCCUACGUGUUACCUUGAGAUUUUCCGUGUUUCUAAUGAGCUCUUUCUCGACCUUUGAGUAUCGAAAUGACGUUCAGCUCCUGAAGAGACUGGCAGCAGGGACUGACCCGGUUCCUGAUCUUUUGGUGACUGGAUACUCUACCUGGACACUGGGGCAGUUGGACUGGGGACACGUUAUUCCUAAUCUCAGUGUCUUGGACCUCAUGAGAGAAGGCCUCUCUCGAGUGGUCCCUCUGCUGCAUCGUAUAUCACUGCGAACUCGCGUCCUCGUGCUGUCGGAGAGUCGGCUAAAGCCCUUUGCGCGCCAUAGCACCCCCAUCCGACCCGCUAUCUUCUCUGACAGCAACAUCGAAUGGAGUGACAUGGUAUUCCUCCAUUACAUUCGGGAGGUAGAAGAGUCCGAGAUCCGAGGGCCCAAUCCCUCUCGGGCUGAGAGGGACUGGCUCAAGGCCGACUCGGAGGGCCUCUGGUGGUGGGACUCGCUCCUGCCUCAUGGUCUGGCCGUGAGGGCUCUGUGCGCGGAGCUGCAUGCGGAGAACCUCACUCUCACGCCACAGUACGGCCGCUUGCGGUGCAACGACACCAACCAUGAUGGCGAGACAACGCGGGAAGUGGGGGCGACUAUGCUGCUGAACCUUAUGUGCAACACAGCUGUCACUUUGCAGGCCGACAGUGCUUGCUGCCAGUAGAAGUUCAUUUUUCCAUGAAUACCUUGCUUCCAUGAAAGAUAUUCGCUACUUUAUUUUUAUUGUAACCUGUAUUUAUGUAUAAUUAUAUCCAUGAUUUUUUUAGCUGAUGAUAUAUAUAAACUAAAACCAAAAUUACAUGUGAUAAAGGGGGUGAAAAUAAAACGGACUGUUUGUAAAGCAAUUCAUUCUUGAGAGUGAAUUAAUAACUGAAAUGGGUAUCCCUAAAGAAAAAUUAUAUCCAGUAGAAAUGACAUAUACAGUAAGUCAUCAUUAUAGUAUGCUUCACAUUAACUAAUCAAAAUAUAAUGUAAAACCAAAAGGGGUGACGGUAUUUACAUGAAUUCGGAAUGAAGUAAUAUAAAGAAAAUAAUUUCCUAAACCAAAAUUACUUCCCUUUUAUCCACACUUCUGGAAUAAUUAAUACACGAGUGGUGUGUUUCUCGUCCGCGUCUGAUUUGCGAA